UUAAUACAUCAGAAACAUCAGAACAUCAGAACAUUAGAAACAUCAGAAAGUCAGAACAUCAGAACAUCAGAACAUUAGAACAAGAUCAUAUUUUUCCAGUGGUCCAUCUCUACAUUGACUUCCUGUGAAAUCUGAAUAUAAUUCACCUACAAAGACAUUAAUAAUCAGCUCCAUCAUAUCCGACAGAAAAUAGUUCAUAUUAUCACCUGAUCACUUCUCGUGUGGUUCUAGAAUCUGUGAGAGGAGAACAGGAAGUAGAACCUUCAUCCACCAGGCCCCUCCCCUCUCAGGCCCCUCCCCCCUGGACCAUCUCUACCUGUAAUGUUGGACUUACAGUUGGAGCUGAACCUUCUGGUCUUCCCCCCGUGGGACUUCUGGGAACUCCCAUCCUGCACCUCUCUUCCUCUUUAUUGACGGGGAAACAGAAGUGAACAAAGAAAAUAAAAAAUAACAAUGUUAAACAUCAAUCCAACAGUCCCCGUCGUCCAUUUUACCUCAAACACGCACCGUCAGUCCUUCAGCAGUCAGCAGGAGACAAGAGGACACUAGAGGACACUAGAGGAAAGGAGAGGACACAAUAGGACACAAGAGGAUACAAGAGGACACGAGAGGACACAAGAAGACACGAGAGGAGAGGAGAGGAGAGGACACAAAAGAGAGAUGCUGCUGUCAACUCUGACUGUCGUCACCCUGCUGCUCUGCUCUGACAUCAUCCAGUGUACAGUGUUCCUGGACCCGCCCUCAGCCGGUCAGAUCCUCGGCUCCGCCUCCAGGAGCCGUCGAGCCAACUCCUUACUGGAGGAGAUCUUACCAGGAAACCUGGAGAGGGAGUGUUACGAGGAGAACUGCUCACAGGAGGAGGCGGCGGAGAUCUACCAGACAAGAGAGAAGACGCUGGAGUUUUGGUUCAGAUACAAAAGUCUGAACCCCUGUCGGACGAACCCCUGUGUGAACGGAGGGAUCUGCACUCUGGACCGAGGAGACUUCCUGUGUCUCUGUCCUCCUCAGUACCACGGAGACACCUGCCAAUCAGCGGUAGAGGAGUGUCGCUAUAGAAACGGAGGCUGUGUGCAGUACUGUAGAGACGGGACAGGGGGCACUGGAGUUCAGUGUGGCUGCGCUAUGGGAUUCAAACUGGAGCCUGACGGACAGAGCUGCUCCCAGACCGUGUCAUUUCCCUGUGGUCGCCAGCAGGUGGCGCUGUGGCCUGGGAGACGCUCUCUGUGGGACAACGUCACCGUGGAGACAGAAGACAACGUGACACACAGCUGGGAUCCUGAACUGAAUUUAACCGAGGCGACAGUGAACGCAACAUCUGUACAGAGGGGGGAGGGGGAGGGGGGAGGGGGGCGCGUGUCACCUCGCAUUGUGGGAGGAGAUCUGGAGAAACCAGGAGGGAGUCCGUGGCAGGUUCUGAUCCGCAGGUCUGAUGGUCGUGGUUUCUGUGGAGGGACUCUGGUUUCUGACCAGUGGGUCGUCUCUGCUGCUCACUGCUUCGAAGAGUCUGCAGACCACGUUACUAUAGGAGACUAUGAUAAGCAGCGUCCUGAUCCCGGUGAGCAGCAGAUCAAGAUCCAGAAGGUUUUCGUUCACCCUCACUUCCACUCGUUCACCUUUGACAGUGACGUCGCUCUGGUCCUCCUGGCCCGGCCUGUCAUCAGGGGCCCGACCGCGGCCCCCGCCUGUCUGCCCGAUGCCCACCUGUCCCAGUACCUGCUGAGGGAGAACCACUGGGGGGUGGCGUCGGGCUGGGGCCUCACGCGCUUCAUGGGCCGCUCGUCCCGCUUCCUGCGGAAGGUGGCGCUCCCAGUGGUCAGCUACGAGUCCUGCAGGGCGUCGACUGAACAGGUGAUCACAGACAACAUGUUCUGUGCCGGGUACCUGGAUGACGGUGUGGACGCCUGCAGCGGGGACAGCGGGGGACCGUUUGUGGUGAACUACAGGGGGACGUGGUUCCUGACGGGCGUCAUCAGCUGGGGAGAGAAAUGUGCUGCUGAUGGGAAAUACGGCGUCUACACCCGACUGGGAAACUUCCUGGACUGGAUGAGAGACACGAUGGAAAGACUGGACCCGAGACCAGACCCGAGGCCGGACCUGAACAGCACCGUGAGCUGAGAGACCUCGACCUGAAGAUGAUGAUGAAGAUGAUGAAGAAGAUGAAGGUUGCAGGAUUCAAAUCUCCCUCACAAACCACAGUCUAGUUUUACAGAUGUGUCCUGUUACAGGCUCCGCCUCCACAGGAAGUGUCCGCGGACUGACAGAGCGUCAUCAUCCUCCUCAUCCUCGUCCUCCUCAUCAUCCUCCUCCUCCUCUUCAUCAUCCUCCUGCUCCUCUACCUCAUCACCUUCCUCCUCCUCAUCAUCCUCCUCUCCGUCAUCAGCCUCCUGCUCC